AUGAGUUCACCUUUGCGCCCGAGCAUUUCCGCCGCCAAUCGUGGGCUGAGUACUGGGAACAGGAGGAAAAGAUCCCGCGAGCGAGACGACGAUGGCUCUUCAGCGCCUCCACUCUCUAGCCCGCCACCGUCGUCCCCUCCCCUCCUGCCCCUGGAAGACGAGCACGACGAAGAUGCGGCACAAGAAGAAGGGUUUAGAGAUAUAGAUGACAUUGAUGAAAUGGCGGAGGAUGAAGAUGGAAUUGAUUUGUUUGCAGACUCCUUCGAGCGAGACUAUGAGCUUCGCGGAGACGACCACUACGAAGCUGCAGGUAUUGAUGACGAAGGGGAACACGAGGAAUUGGAUGUCGCUACCAGGCGUAAACUCGAAUCACGGUUGAAUAAGCGCGACCAAGAGCUUACCAGGCGACGGAAAAUGCCAGCAGCAUUUCUGCAAGAUGAUGAUUUCGAUGCCAUUGAUCUUUCGCAGCUUCGAAGAGCAAGGCAUAAUUACGAUGAGGCCCGUUCAGAUAUCGACAUGGAUGAUCCAGACGAGGAUCUCACGCUGGAGGAUAUGGCAGAUAUUAAGGCUGACAAUGUCACUGACUGGGUUGCGUCUCCGGCGGUGCAUCGUGCUAUCUACCGGGAGUUUAAAUCUUUCUUAACUGAGUUUACAGAUAAAGAUGGACUAUCUGUCUAUGGAACUGCCGUGAAAAAUCUCGGAGAGGACAAUUCGGAGUCACUGGAAAUUUCUUACCCACAUCUCAGCGAGGCGAAAUCUAUUAUCAGUUACUUCGUUGCCAAUGCACCCGCCGAAGUACUGAGAAUCUUUGACACGGUCGCAAUGGAGGCUGUCCUACUACAUUAUCCAGAUUACCACCGCAUACACAGUGAGAUUCAUGUUCGCAUCACUGAUCUCCCGGUUCGAUACAAUCUCAGGCAGCUUCGCCAGAGUCACCUUAAUUGCCUUGUUUGCGUCACGGGGGUUGUUACUCGAAGAACGGGGGUUUUUCCCCAACUCAAAUAUAUCAUGUUCACCUGCACCAAAUGUGGUGUGUCUCUAGGCCCUUUUGAACAGCAAGAUUCUUCUUCAGAGUUGAAGAUCACAUACUGCCAGAACUGUCAAGGGCGUGGCCCCUUUACCCUUAACUCUAUUAAAACCGAGUAUCGAAACUAUCAAAAACUAACGCUACAAGAGUCUCCUGGGUCGGUACCUGGUGGGCGUCUUCCACGACAUCGAGAUGUUAUUUUGCUUGCCGACCUGAUUGAUGUGGCAAAGCCUGGAGACGAGGUUGAGAUAACCGGCAUAUACAAGAACCAGUACGAUCUUCCGAUGACCAACAAGACUGGGUUACCUGUCUUUAGCACUAUUAUCGAAGCGAACCACAUCAAGAAGUCGCAUGACGAACUUGCAUCCUUCCACAUCACUGAAGAGGACGAGGAGCAGAUUCGAAAGCUAUCCCGAGAUCCGCUUAUUGUUGAGAGAAUUGUUAAUUCUAUUGCGCCCAGUAUCUAUGGACACGAAGAUAUCAAAACUGCUAUUGCGCUAUCUUUGUUUGGAGGAGUAAGUAAACAAGCACAAGGCAAAAUGAACAUCCGCGGUGACAUCAACGUUCUACUUCUUGGUGACCCGGGCACUGCCAAAUCCCAAAUGCUGAAGUAUGUGGAAAAAACAGCGCACCGAGCAGUAUUUGCAACGGGCCAGGGCGCUAGUGCUGUUGGCCUGACGGCCAAUGUACGGCGAGACCCGAUGACCAGCGAAUGGACGCUCGAAGGUGGCGCGCUUGUCCUUGCCGACCGAGGAACUUGUCUGAUCGAUGAAUUCGAUAAGAUGAAUGACCAGGACCGCACCUCCAUUCACGAGGCCAUGGAGCAGCAGACUAUCUCUAUUUCGAAAGGAGGUAUCGUGACCACGCUCCAGGCGCGCUGCUCUAUUGUUGCCGCCGCGAAUCCCAUCGGUGGCAGAUACAAAGGCACAAUUCCAUUUUCCCAGAACGUGGAGCUUACAGAACCCAUUCUUUCUCGUUUUGACAUACUUUGCGUGGUCCGCGACACUGUUUACCAUACCGAAGACGAACGGCUCGCGAGGUUUGUGAUCAACUCCCAUUACAAGUCCAACCCCGCACGAGACUCGCAGGGAGAUGUGAUUCAAGACGAUGAAGAUGGAGACACAAACGACACCGGGGAAAACGAAGAUGACCCGAUGAAACCUGAGCCAGUGCCCCAGGAUCUACUGAGAAAGUAUAUUGUGUAUGCUCGGCGGGAAUGUCGGCCAAAACUGUACCAGAUUGAUCAGGGUAAAGUGGCGGAUGUAUUUGCCGACAUGAGAAAGGAGAGUUUAGCGACAGGAGCAUACCCGAUUACUGUCCGACAUCUCGAAUCUAUAAUGCGCAUUGCAGAAUCAUUUGCUAAGAUGCGGCUGGCGGAAUACUGCACGCCGAGAGACAUUGACCGUGCAAUUGCCGUGGCGAUUGAAUCCUUUGUCGGCAGCCAGAAGGUUAGCUGUAAAAAAACCCUGUCGCGGGCCUUUGCAAACAUGACAAAACUCCUUGCUCUUACAGCUACCCUCGUGCUGCCGGCAGUUUCGUCGGCAGCAGCAUUCUAUGCACCCUCUGGCAGCUCGAGAAUCAUCGGCGGAACCAAAGCAAAGCCGGGCCAGUUCCCUUCUAUGGCGGCCACACUUACUAACGGCGUCCACCAGUGUGGAGCUGCGUUGCUCAGCCCCAACGUCGUUCUCACUGCAGAGCACUGUAUUGAUGGGGAUGGUAGUGAAAUGUCCGUCUAUGGAGGAUCUCUCGCAUGGAAUAGAAAUGGAACCGAAUCCAAGGUCCAGUCUGUUCUCCGAUAUCCGGGUCCUAUCGACGUUGGUUUAUUGUUCUUGAAGGACCCUCUUGAAGGUCCCAAUAUUGGGUAUGCGAAGCUGGUCGAACAAGGCCAUGACCCUAAACACCGCGAAAAUGUAACAGUAGUAGGCUGGGGACUUACCACUCACCAAGGGGAGAACUCGGACGAUCUGCUGUAUGUGAACGUUCAUGUUAUUGGGCGUGGUGAGUGUGCGGCCCUGUUGAAGAAAGAAAAAAAUUACACCCUUCCAGAAACUAGCGUCUGUGCAGGAGAGGAGGGUAAGGAUGCAUGCCAAAAUGACAGUGGAGGGCCUUUGUAUCUGACAGGGACCGAUAUUUUGGUUGGUAUUGUGUCGGCAGGCUUCGAUUGUGCAACCAAAUAUGGAGGUCUUUACGCUCGAAUUGGCUCUGUGAGCGACUGGAUUAAAAAACACGCUAACCUAGCAGGCGGGCCUAAAUAG